UUUUAGCUAAAGCAGAUUGUUGUGUUUGUUGAUUGGCCAUUUGAUUGACUGAAAGUGCCAUUUUGUUCGGUCCGCUUUCGACAAGUUUUUAGUGACAUGCUCGCACGAUAUUCGAGACUGUGAACUGCAAUGUUGGGAGCACAAACAAUUCGAACAAAACAGAAGAACAAGGAAAGGAAAAAGAAGUUAUCUGGCCCAGAACUUCAGUGUGAGCGAAUUCAGAAAGCCGCAAGAGAAGACGAAGCAAAGUUUCUGGAAAAAGUGGCACACCUUCAUCUAGAAGAUGCGCGUGCUGUUUCCGAAAUAGCAGAAGAAACUAAACGCAUUAAACAGAGACGACAUCACUCCGUCCAGGAGCCGCAAUCUAUUCGUUUUUCAUCCAUUGAUAAUUCCGACACUCUACGUCCUUUCUCUAAAAGCACGUCAACUUCUUUUACGAAAAUGACGAAACCUGAGAGAAGCGGUGUGGAUUUUGUGAAUACUAAAGAUGAUGUUAGUGACAAGAAAAUUUCGAAAUGGUGUGGCUUAUUAGCAUCAUUUUCUUCUGCGGGAAAUAGUCGUCAAUCAUCGAAAAAGCCACCAAAACGACGGAUGUCUACAUUUAUCUAGUUAUUUAUUAUUGUCCACUAUAGUGGUUAUGAAUAAUGCCCCAAUAACCUCCUAAUAAAUGACUAAGUUUUUGAUUGAUUCCUAUUCGAGAGAUGAAAGACGAUUAAAAAGUGAAUGAAUA